CCUGGUCCGGCAAAGAUGACGCAACGUUACUCGCUUCUCAGAUUGUGGGUCACCAAGUUCGCAUAUUUUGAAAUGCCUUGUUUUUAUUCCGUGAUAAACGUACAGAGUUAUUUCAGGUUUUUUUUACGGCACCUCAGUGUUAAUGUGGAUCCGGUUCUUGAAUGCAGAAAUGACCAUGAGCUUCUAAUUGGUACUACGCCGACCCUCGUUAGAAAGGAUGAAUUCCAUCCUUUCAUUGAAGCCUUACUGCCGUAUGUGAAGUCCUUCUCGUACACGUGGUUCAAUCUGCAGGCGGCAAAACGGAAGUACUUUAAGAAACACGAGAAACGCAUGUCAUUGGAGGAGGAAAGGCGGUGCAAAGAGGAAUUGCAGAACGAGAAAGUUGAAGUGAAACAGAAAUGGGCCUCUCGGCUCUUAGGCAAGCUGAGGAAGGACAUAACGCAGGAGUGCAGGGAGGAUUUCGUUCUCAGUAUCACGGGCAAGAAGCCGGCCAUGUGCGUGCUGUCUAAUCCCGACCAGAAAGGCAAAAUGAGAAGGAUUGAUUGCCUUCGACAAGCCGAUAAGGUGUGGCGUCUCGACCUGGUUAUGGUCAUCUUAUUCAAAGCGAUUCCCCUCGAGAGUACAGAUGGUGAGCGCCUCGAGAAAUCCCCUGAGUGUGCUCAUCCUGGGCUCUGCGUCAACCCGUACCACAUCAACGUAUCCGUCCGAGAGCUAGACCUCUACCUGGCGAACUUCAUCAACAGUCACGAGAUCUUGAGUGGAAUUUGUGAUAACAAUAACGAAAAAGAGGAAGACAGGGGUAAAGGGUACACUCACAACCCAUACAACGGAGUCAUUUGCAACGACACUAUAUUAGCUACCGGAGUCUUCUCGUCCAAAGAACUGUGGAGACUUGCUAAAGCUUCCAUAAUGCAAAGCCCAAAUGGAUUGCAGCCCCCCGUGAACACAAUAAAGCUUGAAAACCCAGGAUAUUAUUGCAGUAGCUACACUCCUCCUGCACCUGAACAUACCUCCAUGAUGGCCUCAGGAGCUUACAGUCCGUUGUCACUGCCACGGAGUUCGCAAAGCCCAGGAGAACCCAGAAAUAAACGUCUACGUCGUCUCAGUUCGACAGAAGAGGAAAUGGAUCUGGGAGCUGGUCGCGAUAAAGGGGCAGGCGAAGUGGCUUACUAUGGUCAAAGUCCAGCGUCCCUUUCCAGUCAGACCAGCUGGCAUUCAGAUGUUGACCAUGGUCCGCCCUCCGUGCAAUCACCCCACCUGGUGCAUGCUGGCAAGGUUUCCAAGCCUUCACCCAACACGAUAUCAGCGAGCUUUUCCCCGGUACCAAUAUCGGUAUCUAGCGGGGUCGGGCCCGGGGUCCACAGAGCGCCGAUCACUACUAACGAGGGACCUUCUUUAUCUAGUCAUGAGAACCGUCACCUGCACCCCAGUCAAGCUGGGGCCAAUGUUAGCCCACACGCUCGCGAAGAACACAAGACAGUUGCAGACAUGAACUCGCUGCUUGGUCGUUGGGAAGGACUGACAUCUCAGCACGGCUCUGUGGCUUCCAUGUCUAGCGGAGGAGGUGGGACAGGAGCGACAGCAAGCUAUUACCAGCAGGGACCCCAGCAUGGGGAUCAGCAAUCUCACCCUCAACAUAGCCCCACGAAGUACCCAGAGAAUGGUCAUGACACCCUUUCUGACUUUGUCCAUUUUGUCUGCCAGGAAGCUGAAACGCAGGAGACACAGUCUCAGCCAGGACCUUCCCGGAGUCCUUCGAAGUUGUCACAGUACUACCCCAGCACGAUGCUGCCUCCACCACCCCCACCACCCAUGGCUCGCCCAGUCGCCAUCAUUCGCUCCACAGGGGAGUUGACGGUAACAACUGCUAACUCCCCACCGGCCUCAAGCACGCCACCCAUGGGAGGGGGAGAAGGAUCUCCAAGAGAUAGUCGGGGGCCAAAUAAUGCCCUGAGUCCAUCACCACCUGUGGCAGUUGCCAGUUCUGCAGCUGCUUCCUCCUCGUCCUCAGUAGAAGUUAUACCCACAAGUCGCACAGUUGUGACAAGUCCCUUCUCUGUCAGUCGAGAGUAUGCGUUCACUCACAUCCAUGCUCAGCCAGGCCAAUUGUUCAGCUACCCAAGUAUCAGCCCUGUCAGUGCCAUGUCUGUGUCAGGUGUGAUCAGUCCUACCAACCUUAGCCUCUUCACUUCUCCUGUCACAACGCCUCGUACUACUCCUCGUUCUACGCCCGUUCCUCGUUGGAAUGCUCCAUUCAUCAGCUUGGAUGAAGACUAUAAUAUGAUCACACCUCUGAUGUCUGGGAACGUUAACAACCCAGAACCUAAUGCUGGCGCUCUCAUGGAUGAUGAACGAUAUUUCAACACGGUAGUGCACGCCAAUGAGGGUAUGGACACGAGUCAGGCCUUGGGGUCUGGAGGCUCAGGCUCCAACGGAAGUCACGGGUCAAGUGGCGGUACCCAAACACCUCCGUCGCGGACGCCAAACCCCGGAGGCUCGACUCCGGCCGGCGCUCCGUCUGCGCCACCUGCCAAGUCACAGUCAUCAUAAAUCAGAGUCAGACUAGCAGCGUUCAUUAGGUUUUGCUCAAUUUGUGUACGUUCAGGUGGUCUGGGCCCGACAGCAAGACAGAGAAGCAAUAAAGGCAGCUCUCUCGCUCUCCAUUGCCGACACAGUGCUUAUUAUUCCUGCCAAGUUUUCAGCAUGCCAUGGGAUGUCAAUAUGUCAAUAGUCAGUCUGGUCAAUGAUAACUCUGUGUUGUAUAUAUUAAUAUUGUAUAUGGACUGGAGUCAUCACAAUUUUAAAUAGGGAAACUACGUUUCUUGUUACCAAAGACUUUUAGCCUGCUACAAAAUGCACAGUGGUGGCUCACACAUGUGAAAGAGAAGAACUAAUCACAUUGAAGGUGAAUGUCAUUUGUUUUAUGCGGUAAACUCAAGUUUGAGACAUAGCUAUUAACAUUUUUGUUGCAGUUUGUUUGCUGUUUGUCACAGGAUUUAUUGAAUCUCAGCAGCAUUACAAUUAAGUUUUUUGUUUGUUUUUUUCAAAAUUUUUAACUAGGAUCUUGCUCUCAGCUUCUGAUCUAGGUCUGUAUUAUGCUAAUACUGCCAUUUCCUUAAUAAGGAAAACUUGCAGUUUGUUGAAAAUGUUUUGCAAUGCAAAAGUAGGGCCUACUGUACAUAUUUAUUAUUUUGUUUUAUGUAUGUUUACUUUUUGUAUGUAUGUGCAUUUCAUAUUAAUUUAAUAGGGCAUCUAAAGUAGGGUACAUCUAUAAUAUCUACAUAAAUUUAGUUGGAUGAAUUAAUUUAUGCAAUCUAAUAUGAAAAUUAUUACGUUUUGGUGUUUAUUUUGUUUGUUUAUUUUAUUUUUUCUUUAACAUAAUUGUAUGUUACAAUAUGCUGCUUCUUUAAGUUUUGAAAUAGAUUUUUCAGUUUGUUAUUUUUAUAUAUGAAUAUUAUAUCUUUUUGAAAAGAAGUUACAUCAUUAUAAAGUAAGGUAUUUGUCACAUAGCUAAUUUUAUAAAAAUUCUAUGGGGAAAGAUUCAAAUCAGGCUUUAGUAAGUGACUUGAGUGCGGAGUACUAGUCAGUGGGUCAGUGGACAAGAAUACCUGGGAUGAGAGAACUGGUACAGAAACUGUAAAGUCUGUGAUAUGACCGCAUCUGCUCAUAUUGUAGCACACUUUCUUUGUGUCUUUGCCACCCUCUUACCUUUUACUGUGCAAUAUUAUUCCUCCAUUUCUCCUGUCCUUGGGAUGUAGAAUGUGGCUCAUUUCUUUGAUCUGUCAGAUUCUUUUAUCAUCUCGUCUUAUUCUGUGUAUCUUCUUCCUUAUGUACUUUUUCUCAAAAAAACAGUUUUUUUAAAAUCUGUAAGUGUUGGUUGCAAGAACAGUCGUGGGGUUGGAUGGUAGGGGGAGAGAGAGAGAUUGCCUUAUACGUGGAGUGCAACUGCUGUAUUGCACAUGUGUGGAGCUAGACAUUGAUAAUAUCAAAUGUAAUUGAAGAAUUAAAGACAGUACUAGCAUAUUGUUAGGUUUGGUCUUAAACGAGAGGAGACUGACGGCAGCGUCUCGAUGACUACGCCGGAGCGAAUGUGCCAUCUGUUGAAUAAUGCGCAGGUCUCAUUCAUUUCAUGAAAACAAGAUAGAAUUAGUUGAAAUUUUGUGCCAUCUUAAUGUAUUAAUGAAACACAUGUUUGUUUCUUAAUGCGAUGUAAGCCGAUAGUGAAAAAAUUAUGAUGCAAGCAGACGGCAGAGUAAACCAAUCGAUCACAUCGUCGGCUUUACGUGAUUAUUUAAGGCGAGAGGCGCGAAAGUUAAGGAUAUCCGAGCCGCAGCGCAGCAAACCAAUUGUAAUAAGUAGUGUUAGACCAGCUACAUAUUCUUCUUUUGGGCCACACAUGUUAACAGCCAGGAUGCAGAAUCUCAACUGAUCAUUUCUUAUAUUACCAAAGAGGAAUCAGCUGUGAAACUAAGGUUAGCAGGUUGACUUGUAGGGCUUCUUGCAGGGGUACAAAACUUGACUAGCCAGCCAAAUCAAAAUGUAGUAAGGCCUGCUUCCCACGAGGCCUCUGUCAGUAGUGUAGGCGUUCAGCUGGGAAAGACUUUUGAUAAAUAGCAUCUUGUUAUAUAUUGUUACAUAUACCUACUGUUGAUAAUAUUGCAGAUUAGUCAGUUGGUUCUUUAUUGAUCACGUGAAUAAAAGGCUCAAUAUAUUAAUUGUAUAUAGACAUUUUCCUUCGGGAAAUGAAAGCUAGCAUACAGUGGAUAGCAUCACAUUUUUAUAGAACCUUUUUAGUGUUUGUUUCUUUUUUUAUGGAAAUCAUAAAUAACAUUUGUGCAGUGAGUGUUGUAGAUAAUAACUUAGAGACAGACAUCAACAUCAGGAUAUGCUGCUUAUUUUUAUAGGAUAUCAUUUUGCCACAUUUUGGCUGUGUUUGGGCUAAGGUUAAUAUGGACUGUGACACUCUAAAUAGAAUAUUACCCCAUGGC